AUGAUGGUCUUAGGGAAGGGGAAAAACACCGCGAAAGAAAUUCGGAGUAUGCUGGAGUCGACCUGCAGGGCCUUCUUCGACCUGCAAGGAGUCCAGCUCCGUCCCGCCCCGGAUGCAGUCAUGACGACCCACUUACUCAGUGGCCCGACAUCAAGGGCAGCCACUGCUGACGAGCGUGAUAGGUCUGGAGAUAGGCAGCACAGGUUUGCUGAUCGGGUUAGGAUGCCGCAGGAACGCGAAGCACGGACGGAGACCGACUUGGCAAGCGUAGCAGAUGAAGGCGAGGAGGGUGUAGAAGAUCCACAGCUGCCAAGUCAGGUCGAACAAGCAGAGGAGCACUGGAGGAAGGCGGCUGAUGAAAAGCGGAUGGUCGAAGCAGAAGCCAAGAGUAGACGGGCUGAAGAGAUGCAGCGGCGCAGUGAUGGCGGCACCGAUCCUACCGUCUCUUUCCCGGGAACUGGAGACAUACGUGAAGCAUGGGAGCGUGGGGCACGAGCCGCUGCAAGGGCACACGUGGGAGAGGCAGGAGAGGAGCUCGCCAGCAAUGUGCGGCAGCAUAUCGAGGAAGAUAGGGGAUACGUGAAAGUUCGCUUGCCCAGCCUAAAGCGGAAGGCGGCAGAAGAGGCCCGGAGAGGGGACGUCGACGUGCCAGAGAAUUCGGGAGAGGCGAAAAAGAAGGAGGAGAGCAACGCGGGUGCUAAGGCUCAUAAGAUGGUGGAGGUAGAGGCGCACCAGAAUGCAGAGGAUGCGGCCCAUCGGUUCGUCGAUGCAGAGGCGGUACUUACGGCAGAGGACGGGGCGCCAAAGGAAGCAGAGUCUGCGGCGCAGCAGAAGGUGGGUGCAGAGGCGGUCAAGGGUGCGGAGGCAGUCGCGCGUAAAGAAGCGGGUGCAGCAGCAGAGCUGACGUCGGAGGCAGUCGAGCUGAUGGUUGUGGAGGCAGUGGCGCAGAAGGAAUCAGAGGCAAUGGCGAGCCAGAAGGAUGAGGCAGCGGCGCAGCAGAAUGAUGAGGCAGACGCACAUAAGGAAUCAGCGGCAGCAGCGCAGCAGAAGGAUGAGGGUGCGGCGCCCAGGAUGGUUGAGGCAGAGGCGCAGAAGGAAUCAGAGGCAGCGGCGCAGCAGAAGGAGGAGGGUGCGGCGCCGAAGAUGGUUGAGGCAGAGGCGCAGAAGGCAUCAGAGGCAGCGGCGCUGUAG